AUGGAUGAAACACAAGAUUCCACAGCGCCUGUCGGAUGCCAGCAUUAUAAGAGGAAAUGUGCCCUCAUCUCACCUUGUUGCAAAAAAAUCUAUACCUGUCGAGUUUGUCAUGAUGAUGAAGAAAAUCACCAGCUUGUGAGACAGGAAGUUCAAGAGGUCAAGUGUCUUAUUUGUGAAAGAGUUCAGAAGGUGGCUAGGUCUUGUGAGGGUGAGGAUUGUAAGACAGUGUUUGGAAGAUACUUCUGUGAGAAGUGUAGACUAUAUGAUGAUGAAAACAAGAAACAGUUCCACUGUGAUAAAUGUGGUCUAUGCAGAGUGGGUGGGGAUGAGAACUACUUCCAUUGUGAUACAUGUGGUGUGUGCCUUGCAAAGGAACUGAAAAAUGCCCACAAGUGUAUUGAGCAAGCUUCACGGUCAAAUUGUGCUGUAUGUUUAGAGGAUCUCCAUACAUCAAGGAUAGCUGCCCAUAUACCCCCAUGUGGCCAUCUCAUUCACUAUGCAUGUUUCAAAGAAAUGUUAAAGACUGGGAACUAUGCUUGCCCAACCUGCAACCAUUCAAUGGUCAAGAUGGACAAUGUUUGGGAACACAUUGAUGAGGAGAUUGCACAUACACCUAUGCCUGAGGAAUACAGGGAUUACAUAGUCCAAAUUCUCUGUCGUGACUGCCACAAGGAAAGCUCUGUACUGUUUCAUGUGCUAGGGUUGAAGUGCCAGCAAUGUGGUUCUUACAACACUUGUAGAACAGCAGACCCUGUGGAAGAUUCAAAUGAGGACAACGGAAAACCAAGUAACACAGACGGGUCAGGAGAUUCUGCCUCUUUCAGUCAGGAUUAAUCCACAUCUUAGAAAGCUUGAGCACUGUGAUAACAACUAUACACCAGAAAAAGUCCUAAAACUCUUAAUGUAACUGCUACAAUAGUGAUUCAGCCUCUUUUGUAUGACUCACAGAUUUAUACUUAAUCAAAACUGAAUUUGUUGGUUUUCAACACUGAACCUGCAUGUGUUGGUCUAUAUCAAAUCUGAGGUAUGAUUUUUACCAUUGAAACAACACAUGUUGGUCUAUAUCACAUUCGGAGUAUAAUUUUUCCACUGAAACAGAAAAUGUUAGUCUAUAUCACAUUUGGGGUAUACUUAUUACCACUGAAACAGAACAUGUGGUCUAUAAAAAAAUUGGGGUGUAAUUUUUACCACUGAAACAGAACAUGUUGGUCUAUAUCACAUUUGGGGUAUAAUUUUUACCACUGAAACAGAACAUGUUGGUCUAUAAAAAAAAUUGAGGUGUAAUUUUUACCACUGAAACAGAACAUGUUGGUCUAUA